AUGAUUCUCACUUCGUUGUCACGUUUUUGGUCAUGCCUUACGACCAUCUUUCUCGGCGGAGGUCUUUGGCCCUAUGGAGUCCAUGGCCAAACCACUGAGUUCAACACUUCGGUGCAAAGUGAAACUGGUUUUAUGGGAUGGUAUUUGGGCCCGUCAGCCACCGAGGCAAUGACGGACGCACAUACAUGGACUACAUCAGGGAACUAUGCAGUCGGUUGCGACGGGACUUCAUGCAGAUUUGCCACAAACUGCAAUAACAACCAGAUCACAUAUGAUGAUGGUGCCACAGGUUCUUGUGACAGCGCUACAUGUGUCACCAUGACAAUCUUUCAAACAUUCCCUUACGCAACACCCUCGGCGAGUAAUAUCUUCUGUGGGUUUCAUUGGGAAGCAAACACAAUAUAUCGCGAAUUGCAAGCAACAACAACAACUGAGUCAACCUCCUCUCCAACCCCAUCCACUACAACUUCACAACGAUCCCCCACAGCUACUACAGGUCUAGCAAAAGAUUCGCAAGCCAGUCAAUCACCAACCCCUACCGUGGCUCCAACAACAACAAGUUCUAGCAAAGCUUGGAUUGCGGGUGCUGUCAUUGGUCCUCUUGCAGGUGUCGCAAUCAUUGCGGCCCUCGUAUUCUGGCGGAUCUAUCGCCGAAAGCAAAAGGAACCGUCCUUGUCACAAGAACAGCCGUUUAUGAGCCACGGUCCUCCACAGCCACCACAACCACCCGCGGGAUACCCGCUGGAACCUUAUAAGCAAAUGCACGAAUUGCCCAAUACCCAAACUCCGCGUGUAUAUGAGCUAGGCUCGAAUGAUGAGAGGUAG